CGGUAACGGUAACAGUAUGUAGCAGGAGAUCCCGAAUAAAAAAGCGGGAGGUAUUAACAUCCUUCAGUGCUCCGCACGACCACGAGAUGACAUCGACGGCAUGGGCGGAAAGCUGCGACAACGCGAGUUCGAUUUUGGCGAGUCGCCGGGGAGGUAGACAGAAUAUGCAAAUAACAACACCUUCUGCGGGCCCUUGCUCGGACGCCAGUGGUGUGUCCUUGUCCCCAAGUUUGUUUGCUUCUUCUUCACGAGCACGACGUGGACAAGAACUGAGCUGUCUUUAUUACCUUUCCGCGGCCACUGUGUCGCUGGUGCUGAUGCUCCUACUUAUCGCUUGUUCCGACCACACGUUCGAGGGACGUACUAGGGGAUCGCAAGCAACUGACUUUUUACCCGCAGUAGAGGCAACGGCUCUGCGAGGCACCCUGCACGCUCCCAGGAAAGAGCCCGAAACGCCGAGCGUCCCGAGCUGGUUCGACGUCAGCAUGCAAAAGAAAUUUCGGAAGCGCUUCGCAGAUCCCCAAAAGCGGCGGAACACGGCACUGACGGGCAAGAAUGUAGUCUGCGUUGAGGGACCCCACCGCUGGGCCAAUGCGCAGGUACUGGAGAGCAUCUACAUCAACGUGGUGCGACCUCUGGGGCCCGACACCGAUGUCGUUGUGGUCGCGCCCGAUGUCAACUAUGCCCAAGAGCAGGACGGGCGGCACUUCAAUACUGGCCGAAAUCGUGUGGGGAAGGGGCGCACGUACCUCCAAGCCGAAGCUUUGGCGGAGUUUUACUUGCAAAAAAAUCACUCCGCCUUUGAAGAAAACAGGAACUACCUCAAUGAGGAACAGAAGCAAGAUCAGGAAACCGCGGAAGCGAGCGAGCGGACCUCAGGAGCAGAGAAAUCUCCUCGAGAAACAGCAGGAGCGGAUCCGGGGGACAACCGCGACCAGGUAUUGGCAAACACGAUCGUGUAUGAAUUGCAAAAAUGUCUGGGUCUGGAAGAAUGCAACUUGUCAUGCUGCAUUUGGAUUCCAGAAAAAUCUGUAUUGCAUGAGUACCACAAGGAAUGUAAUUUUUGCUACGCGGAGAGGGCAUUUGUCAUGCGGAAUAGGCAUCAAGAAGCUCUGAAAAAAUCUGUGAUGCUAGGGCGUGCAGCAUCACAGACAUCAGGGCCCAUGCAAAACGUGCAUGACAAGUGGUAGAAUGUUCCAGACCCAGACAUUUUUACAGUUGAUAUCGUGCAAAGCGCCAACUUGCGUAGCGAGAUCGAGCGCACGCACGAGUAUGUGCGGGAGACGAAAGUUGGCACGCUAGAACAGCUAUGCAAUGCAAAAGUAUCGUACUAGUAUAAAUUGCAUCACAAAUUUUUCAAGAAGAAAAAUGGUGGAAUUUGUAAUGCUGAUUUACCUAAAAAGGAAUAUUUGUCAUGCAUGAUAGCAAUUACUACGAGUACGAUACUUUUGCACAGCAUAACAACCGCACUUACACGCACUGAAGCACAGUCCCUGUCUGUACAAGCGCAUCUUCGGCAAGCACCUGAUAUCCCACAGGAAAGCACACCCAUCGCCAUCCAGGAGAGAACAACAGCAAGAAUGUAUGAAUAUUCUAUAUGAUGUGUGCUGCUCGUCUCGUCCUAGAUUUUUGAUACAACUAGAAAUUGAAAUGAAGCAACGCGGCGGGAAUGAAGGAUGUUGCUAGAUCUGGAAAUGCAGCAAUGCGGAAACCGCAACAAAGGAGCAAAUUUUCUGUUAUGCAGCAGAAUGCCCUUCCCCUUUCUUUGACUUUGUAGUGUCAGUGUCUGUGUUGCUCCUGGCGUUCCAGUAAUUAGCGAGGUCGUACCAAACAAAAUAAGCAGAGGCGGACAUUAAACCAACUCGCGCACACAAUUUUAGAAGUUUUCUUCUGGUUAGAUGGGCGUGCUUUUUUUGGGCAUACCUGAAGGCAUUGGACAUGCAGCAGGAUGAGACGCGUCUAGAGCUGGUCAAUGACUUCUCUCUAUCCUGAGUGAAAAUGUCACCACCCCAGGGUUGUCCUCGUCAUGCCGAUCUGCAUUCAAUAGCAAUGCGGUGGAAACUACUCACAUAUAACAUUUGCAUAUGCGCAUCUGCAACAUGAGGCGAAUUCCUAGGUGGCAGAGGAAAUGCUGUCAAUUAGCAGGAUUAAGUAGAUGGGUUCGUCGUGAAACUCCGGCUGCCCUCCUUUCUCUGAACCUACUAGCCCUGCUCAUCUACCGCGUGACCCCAAAAACUUCACGAUUUGUUUUCUUGACUUUGGGGCGCGGCUGGGGCGACGCCUUUGCACGGGAUCUUCUCUGGAGUGGUUUCGCGACAGCAACAGCGAGCAGCCCGGCUACCGGUUUGGCAUGCACCUGAUGGCGAGUAAGUGGAAGUGCCUGCUCGCGAUGCGGCUGAACAAGCUAAAGCUGAGCAGUUACGACUGGUUCGCCUACACCCGCAAUGACGUGUUCUGGGCCUAUCCUCACCCCCCACCCUAUUUGCUGAACCACGAGAAGUGGAUGCAGCCCGGCACCGGGUGGGGCGACGCGGGGGGAAAGUUCGACGUGCGACCGGUGGACAUCUGGAUUCCCGCAUGCUUCGACUACGCUGGCAUCAAUGACCGGCUCUACACCAUCCGCCUGCUAUCCUGUGCAAAACUAUCGUACUCGUAGUAAUUGCUAUCAUGACAAAUAUCCCUUUUUAGGCAAAUCAGCAUUUACAAAUUCCAUUUUUCUUCUUGAAAAAAUUUGUGAUGCAAUUUAUACUAGUACGCUACUUUUGCACAGCAUACCUGCGCCCCGGCGGCGAUUUUCAGUGGACCACCGCGGCGGAGAAGAAAAAGAAGAUCCGGGAGCAAAUCCGUAAGGCCAAGAAGGUGUUCUUCCGCUUCACGCGCGCUGUGUACGCGCGGCCGGGAGGGAUGCCCAUGGUCCGCGCCGACGCGCUGCCACCGCCGAAUGCGAGCGACCCCACCGACGUCAGCUGGCGCUUUCUCAAAGGGUUUGAGGGCGGCAUAGGUGCCCAGGAGGUCAAUGGGGAGUUCUCUUUCCGCCGCUUCCUCGACGCGCACGACUUCAAAAUUGGCCGCUUCGAUUGCAUCGCAGCGCUUGUGAAGAUGGGGCAACUGGCGAAUGAUUUGAUAUCCACUAUUCUUCCCAAGGUGAUCGAGAGUAAAAUGAAACAAGAAGAGGCCCGCGCGGGAAAUGCAACCUCUGCAGCUGGUGGGGAUGUAGUUGAUAUAAUAAGUGCUGUAACGGAGGGGACAAAAUCGAAUAAUGGCAGCCAACCGCAAACCCGCGCACUUGCAGAAGACAAACUGACCGUCACUCCUGCCGCUAUGUCGACUGAUGUUGAAGGGAAAGAAAUGAUGAAGAGCGAAAAUAGUUUGGGAACAAAAAAUGUUGCAAAAACACCUACCGUGAAAACAGAUGAUGUUGAAGACGAGGAGAAUGAUCCGUACUACUGCAGGGAGCUGCAGACGCCUGGCUUUUCGGAGGUUUUUGGGCGGCACCGAAUCAGUUUUCGGAACCACUUGCUCUUCGAUGCCACCGUGCAACUGAACAGCGACUUUCAGCCGAAUGGGGUGCAGCGUUGGUUCCAGGGGAAAGCAGGCAAUGACUCGUGGACCAUCGCACUGCCCCUCGCAAUCCCCGACGAACACAAAGCCGCGGAGGCAGCUCCUCCUACAUCAACUGUAGUGGAUCUGGAACAACAUCAUGAUCAGAGCGAUACUAGCGAUAAGAGCAAGCGCCCUGGAGGGAGCAAGGUGGUGGACACGUACCAACUGGCCUCCGCGGCCGUUCUCCAGGAACUCUCCAACGGCACGCUGCUGAGUCCUUCGCACGAAAAAAGCUGGGAACACCGCCACCCCGACUUUCUCCCGUUGGUGAAGGCCUACCGCCACUCCCACGACGGGGUGAUGAAGUUUUCGCAGGCGCAGUUAGACCUAAACCAGGCCCCCGUGGACCACGCGGCGGCACAGGCGGUGUUGCAACAGCACCGCGCGAAACCAGAUAUGUGGAGUGCCUACAGUCGCAAAAUGGUACGGCCGCGGCUCGGGACGCACAUGUUCCUGCAGCGCCAGAGCUGCGAAAGCUUGGUACGCAGAGGCCUAGCGCAGUGGAACACGCGCUACGGUGACAGUGUGGAUUGGUUCAGGCCAGACACCAUGGAGGCUAGCCUCGACGAGAAAACUCAGCCCAAAUUCGUGCUAGAGCAGUUUCUCACGCGGAAAAAUCGUGUGUGGAACGCAACACGGUAUCACAACCUUGCCACAGCCCAAGAAGAUGCUGAGCACAAAAGCAGGACCGCAACCACAUCGACCGCGACAGGCGCGGCCGCAGCAGCUCCAGAAGCAGCAGUUGAACCACUUAAGGCAAAAAUCGUUGACCCGCCAGAAAAAUUUUCUUCCUCUCUCAGUGCCUUCGUGCAGGAGAAGCUGGGCGAGGCGGUUGAGUACCUGGUGUCAAAGUACUGUGAUACAGCGCCGAUAUGGUGGGAGCCGGGUUCUGCAACAGUUCUGCGACACGACACGCAACACGUCUGGACACAGAUGCAGAAUUAUCUCAAAAAGCACUUGGACGAAAGGUUCGUCACCAGCACUUCUACUGCCAAGACAGGAGCAGGGAAGCAGCUGGAAAACGUUGAGGACCCAGACGACGCCGAGGGCGAGAGAGAAGCGGAGUCGCUCAUUGCGGAAGCAUAUGGAUUGCAAACAGAUGUAUGGUGGGUCUGGUUGGUCGAGAAAAAAGCAGACUCACGUUUAUCAUGCAUUUUUUGUAGAAGUUGAAUGACUGGAAUGCACAUAAAUUAAAGCGUGAUGACAAUUAGAUAUGCGAAGCAGGCUUUGCCUUGCCUCGGUGAGAGAUGCCCUCUCUGGGAUUCGAAAACGCGACAGAUGCUGUUGAAUUUGCGUCGAGAGCAGGACAGAUUUUUGUCUGCUCCAGACUCAGCAUCGCAAGGUGCAACGACAUUCCAGACCCCGACACAUCUGCAAUGUGUCUAUAAAGCGAACGCGGAAGGCAGAGCGUUCGAUUCGUCGUCCUCUGGAGGGCCGGCUGAUGUUUCGCUUUCACCACACGCGCUCGAUCACCACGUAGAGGCCAAGGCUUUCGCGCGCAGGAGGAUUUCUGCCGCUACAGCAACUGCUGUUUCUGCUUCCUCCUCCUCUUCCUCGACAACUGGCCUACAUGAGCAAUCGGAGCAAAACGAGGACGGCAUCCGUCUGACGCGCCGUGCGGAGGAAGGUGAAUCUGGUACGAGGCGACGGGUGAACGAAAUCGUCGGGUUUCAUGCCGAAAACCUGCCGCUGGGGAACUACGAUCGGACGCUGCAGAGCUGGGUGGACGACUUUCGCUACGAACUUGCUUGUCCCAUGCUGGACUGGAGCGACUGGAACUUGACGCGGUGGCACCCCGUGGCGCUAUCCACCGCAAAUAAGUAUGUAGUUCGGGCCUGGUGUCACGCAUCUUGAGGAUGAAUCCACAUAGAUGGUCAUAGUCUGCAAGGAAAACAAGGGGCCGCAAAGCAGUAGAGGUUUUGCCCAUACCUAUCUCCUCGAAUGAGACAUUCUGCGUCCUGCAGAUCAAUUGACACCAGCAUCGCAAGUUUGCAUGUACCACCCACCAAAUCCAGCACGUCAUUUGUGGUGGAUAGGCGCAUCAUCAGUACAACUGCAGCGCGCUGUCCGAACCCGAGCACGUGUACGUGCACCGCAUGCUAUGCGUCGAAAAACAAGUAUCGUACAUCGUAGGCGUAUUAGAAAUCGCAUUUAGAUUUAGAAAAGUCUGGUCGGAAAAUGAAACUUGUCUGCCAUGCUCAUGCUGCAUCACGUAGAACAGGAAAGGACCACCUCGACCUGUCAACCUGCAGAAGUAUAUGCGAUUCAUACGACCACGAUAUCGGUCUGCAGAGGAUACCUGGUUUCCUUCACCGAUUCGGUGCAAGCGGGCGUGCCGGGCAUGGAGCACAUGGACUUACACAUGGAGGACCGCGUGCUUGCCUUCAUGUUGCUCUCCCACCGCAGCGCCCCGGCGGGCCUGGGGUACGGGCGCGAGUUGAACCUGCAGGCUUUUGGGCAGCUGUAUGCUAGUCAAAAUCUCGGGCCGCCCCCGCUGGGCCCCGCGACGCCAUUCGACGACUACUUUUUCAUGUACAACCACACGCUGCUGUGUAAGCCCUACGACCGCGACGUGGCCUACACCUGGAACCGCGGCACCGCGGUGGUGAAGCAGCAGCAGCAGGGUUUUCUCCUCGAGAACACACUGCCGGAGCGGGUGCGGCACCUGCAGCGAACGGUCGCAUACAAGUUGACGGAUCACCAGCUGCUGCGCGCGAGCGGCAUCCACAACCGGUCGCGCGAGUACCUGCUCGACUUCUACGAUCCGGCGAUAAAACCGAAGGACGGGGUGCACAACUGGGGCGCCUACGCGCACUAUGUCGAGAUGCCGCGCACCACGCUCACGCGCACCUAUCCUCGAUGCAAAAAUUGCAUCCCCUUCGCACUUACUCGUAUACUACAAGAACACGUACAAACAUGCCAGGCUGGCAUGACGUUGUGUACAGAUCUGCUUGUACUUCUUUCUCUUUGCCUGCAUCUGCGACGUGAAGACGAGUUUCAUUUUUCCUUUUGCUGGCCGACUUUGAAUUUCAAGUUCCCUUCUGCUCCCAUGCGAUUUCUACAACGAGAGGUACGAUAGUUUUGGAAUGCAUAGCACAGGGGCACGGACGAAGACCAACCAAGUCAGCGUGAUCUCUGCGCCGUACGGCGAGGAACCUUUAGCGGUCUCCACCAUGGUUCUGUCGCGGCGCCUGGCCCGCUAUUUUGGGCAGCAAGACCCCGGCGAGCCACACCCAGACGACCUCUAUACCGACGGCAUGCGUCACCGCGACAACGCGCGUGGAUUAGACAUCCAGCACCAGCGCCGCUUCCUCCAACUAGUGACCCACUUCCCAAACCUGACCCGGGAAGAUCUGCUAUCCUGUGCAAAAGUAUUGUAUCGCAAUUGGUCGUCGAAGUCGAUGUAGCUGCAAUGAAUCGGAACACUCGUCCGUGACAAAUCCCAUUCCGAAGCAGGUUCGCGUGAGGACAGACCCUAUUUGUAUUUUCCAAACACUCGUGCGAAGAUAUAAUACCUUCUGUCAUGCAAAUCUACAUAGUGCGAUAUUAGAAGACAAGACAUAGAAUACUUUUGCACUGCAUACCUGUCACACCUCGACGAUGCUCAAGCAUCAGAGGAAAAUCACAAAAGUCUUCACGCUCUAGACAACGUAUUUGGAGCUGCAUAUGCCCCAGCAGCUUCCGCGGUGUCAGAAAAAACAUUAGAUGGUGACGCUCAUGUAUCACCUUCAACAUUUGGAUCUGGUUCAUCCGUCGAAUUAUCAGCUCGUCUCCGGCAAGCCGCAGCUGCGACCACUGCCGCGCCAGAGAUUAUGCGAGACGCCUGGAAUCCAAAGCUUCUGCAAAGAGGAGCGAAAAGCAACUACGGGUCAAAGCAAGAGCAGCUAGGUGGGAGCAUUAACCACGCAGUACCAAGAAAAGGACCUAGCCCCAGCGCUAGUGGGGCAGACGAGCAUCUUCAAACUGGCGCCAAUGGUACCUUCCCUACAAGAACACUGGUAACGCUGAAUGAGACUCUUUCCUCAUUCGAAGCGAAUCUAGACCCGGUCAUCGACUAUGAUGAGUAUGCGGACCGAAAUUUUCGUCGGGCACACCGUUUCGCAGAAGAGCUCGCGGUCGCAAAGGUGGCUGCGCAAGAGCCGCGGCCAGAAGAAGAAACCCCAAAGACAGCAAGUGGAAGUGACACCAAGGCUAAAAACAGGCUGCAGGCAGCUGCACUAGAGGACGAGAUGCACACACUUCAUCCGCUAUCGCAAGAAAAAAGUGUUACAGUUGCACUCUGUGUUGCAAGACCGGCAACACAGACAACCUUUCUCAUGCAGAAAAUGCUUGGGAGCCUCGUUUCCUUCCUGUUUUCCCUUGUUAUGAUCUUCGCAUUACAAGUUUUCUUUGCCACACACAGAAAAUUUGUGAUGCAGAAACUCCAACAAGUGUGUAACUGUAACACUUUUUUCUCGUGAUAUCCGCUGUAUCCGAAAUACUAUGCGCAGAUGAAGGAAGCCUACGAGAGCCAGGAAUCUGGACACCUCGAUGUGGCGCACAUCCCGUCCAACUUGCAAUUGUCAAUACUGGAGGAGCUCAACAAAGAGCGCGAGGCGGAUCCAGGACAUGAUGAAACCCAAACACAAGAAACGGAAACAGGGCAGAGCGGCGAUCCGAAGUAUCAGCUAUUCAAGUCGCGCACACCCCGCAAGCGCUAUGGAAGAGUCAGGCUCGUCGCCAUCGACAGGGAGUUGAGCCUGAGCCGAUGUCUAAUGCAUAAAAUUCCUACCAGAUGAUGACCCCUUGAUUAUAAUUUUUGAGCGACGCAUCACAAUUUUUCAACACCUUCUACUAAAGCCAGUGAGUCAUAGUUUGUGGUGCAAAAAGGGGUGCCCACCCAGAUACUUAAGCUCUCGAGUAGCCCCAUUGAGUCUAUAGCAUUGCCGCGUUUUAUCAGGCUAGGAGUCGGUCUCAUUAUUUGAAUUUGCCUUCUUUGCAACAAGAUAAGCACUCUGAUGCGCCCCGCAUUUUAUGCAUGAUCAUAAAUCGUUUCAGGUUCAACUUUGACUUGGUCGAUUUCGUCGAGCUUGACGCGUUCAUAAACGUGUGUGCGCGGGUAUUGAGUAUUUUUCCGAACUUCCCUUCGGGUACAGCACGAUCGACUUCUGGGAACCGGAGGCGAAGUAUCAGCACGCACAACUUCCGCCCGUGCCCCUCACUUGUCUUUUUUAUGCCGAAUUCCAAAUUCAGUUGCUGCCCAGUGGACCUGUCGCACUGUUUGCAUAGGCAUACUUGUACAAAAUCUGGAAGCCCAAACAAUUAUAUCGCACUCGGCACAUGGAGACAUCCUCAUGCUCGAUUCCCGCGCCGCGGUGGCGGUGCUGGUGUUUGUAAAUAUAUUGCCGUUCUUCAAUCAUGCCAUAGCCAUACUUACGAGUGAAGGUAAGGGGGAGUAGUAAGUUGCGCACUCUCAUACGAAGCAGCAGCAUGCCCGGGAUCCUGGCCAGAAGGACUGUCUCUCCUGUUGGUUACGGGGCCCGAAGUACUCGCAAAACACGGGGUGGAUGUGCUGGAAAGCCAAGGGCAUGAAGGUGAAAGACCCAAGCCGCUGCUGCGGGCGGCUGGAAACGCCGUUCUUGCACGCCAACCUUUGGACCCACUACCCGCGCACAGAUUGUUUGCUGGCGGAGCAUUUGUGCUCCGAUUUUCUCUUUGGCAUGUGGCGCCGGAGCCUGAAAACGGGAUUACCCAACGUGCAAGAGGCGCAGCGGCCCGACCGCCGGGAGUACGCGGAUACGCCACUUAGCAAUCUGAUCUACUGA